AUGCAUAUUCUCCUACAAUCCCUAUUCGCACUCCUCGCAUCCGCAUCAUCAGACUGGUGGUACUUCGACGCAUGGGACGGCCUUAGCUGCGGCGACGCGCCACAAAACGGCGAGCUACUCAUCACCACCGAAGGGACGGGCAACCAAAUUUGCAUCAGCCUUGACGAGAGCCAGAGGGCUUACUCUUAUGCCUCGGCGUUUGGACAGGAUGAAACUGAAGUUCGCGGGUUCCUUUAUGAACAUUGUGCUGGUCCGAGCAAGAUUCUUGUGAAUGAUACCUGUACCAAUCCUGAUGAGGAUAUGCCGUAUAUUCGAUCUUGGAAGAUCUUUGCUGCUGAGUCUGAUGGAGACUACAUUGGAACUUAA